GGAGACCGUUCCAGGAAGGACGCGUUGCCAUAGCGGCGCCGUUGCUCCUGCUGCUGCUGCUCCGGGCUGACAGGGGACACGCAGUCUCCCUCGCAGGCUGCGAAGAUGGAGGAGAAAGCAGAGGAGAAAGCGGAGGAGAAAGCGGAAGAGCCGGAGGAUGCGGCGGACGACGACGACGAUUACGACGACGAAGACGACGAGGAUUACGGAGAAGAGGAUGACGACGACGAGGACGACGAGGACGAGGGAGGAGGCGGCACCAGGGGGGCUCGGCGGAGGCGCCGCAAGUCAGUCCAUCGCGACUCCGGAUUCAAACUCGAUUCCGCCGUGUCUGGCUCCGAAGCGGGGCUUGAAACCGAAGCGGGAAGCGGGGAACAAUCCGAGCAGGAUGGCAAGGGUCCUGCCCUGAUGGGCCCUUACUUUUUAGCCUGGACUCCCGAAGAGGUGGCCGAGUGGAUCGAAGCGCUGGGAUUCCCCCAGUACAAGGAGUGUUUUACUGCAAACUUUAUCUCUGGUCGCAAACUCAUCCAUGUAAAUUGUUGUAAUCUACCACAGAUUGGGAUAACUGACUUUGAGCAUAUGAAGGAAAUUUCACGACAUAUGCGAGAAUUGCUGGAAAUAGAGGAGCCCCCCUUUGUCAGAAGCAUCUCUCUCCCCCGCAGAGAUAAUAUGGGUUUGUUUCUGGAGCAGAAAUCGCGGACUGGAAAACAAAGUGAUGCCCUUACCUAUUCUCAGUUUAUCGAAGACUCAGGAUUACGUGACUAUGAGCCAGCACCACCACAGGAUGAAAGUUCAUGGCAUGGAAGUUCACAAUAUAAAAGUUUACGGCGGAGUAGCUCACGGCGGAGUAGCUCGCGGCGGAGUAGUUCGCGGCGGACUAGUUCACAGCAGGCUAGCUCACAUCAAGCUAGUUUGCAGCAAGCUAGCUCACAGGAAAUGAGCUCACAACAUGGUAACUGAUAUUCCCAAAAUAAAUAAAUUGGGUUUUUUAACACUA